AUGAUGGAACAAAAAAAUCCUGGAACUGUUACUCAUUUGCAGAUGGACAAUGAAGAUGGAACCUUCUUGACUACUCGGUGUGGAGGUACUUUGUUAUGUGCCAUGGGACAAGAUGCUAACAAGCAAAUAUAUCCAAUUGAAUUUUCAGUAGUUGACUCAGAGAAUAAUGACUCAUGGUUGUAUUUUCUACUGAGGUUGAAGGAAGCGAUUGGUGAAGUGGAGAAUCUAGUAUUCGUGUCUGAUAGACAUACUAGUAUAGCAAGUGCCUUGACUAAAAAUUUUCCUGAGGCACACCAUGGUGCUUGUAUACAUCAUGUUAGCAUGAAUAUCCGUGCGAAGUUCAAAAUUGACCAUUGUCAUGAAGAAUUCUUCCUUGCAGCGAAAGCUUAUAAAAAGCGAGAGUUUUUACGCCAUUUUGAGAAGAUUAAAUUCAAAGAUCUUGCAAUUGCUCAAUACUUAGAGAAUCAAGUGGGUUUUGAAAAAUGGGCUCGUUCUUUCUUUCCUGGUCAUCGAUAUAAUUUAAUGACUACAGGUAUUGCCGAAAGCUGGAACAAUGUCAUUGCUGAGGCACGUGGGUGGCCAAUUACUUAUCUCAUGGAAUUUAUGAGGCACACUUUACAAAAAUGUCAGUAUGAAAUAACAAUAUUGGAUGGUGAUCUUGAUGGAGAUGUCGACCUGAGGAGGAAAACAUGUAGUUGUAGAAGAUUUGAUUUGACAGGUCUUCCUUGUGAACACGCUCUAGCUGGUGCUCGAGAUCGUGUCAUUAGUCCAUAUAGUUUAUGCUCCAUAUUCUACACAGUUGAAGCGUGGUUGUCAUCCUAUGGUGGAUCUGUAUAUACACUGGGUAAUGAAGAAUCUUGGGUGAUACCAAAUGACAUAGGAAGUAUGAUGAUAGCUCCUCCUUUAGUGAAGCAGAAGGCUGGUCGUCCAAAGAAGAAACGACGUUUAUCAAAGGGUGAGAAGAAUAGCAAACAACAUAGAUGUAGUUGA